AUGAGUUCACUCCGUGAAAGUUUCAAGUCCAUCAGUGACACUUCACUAGUAAAUAUUUUAUUAUGGUUGCAGCGCUCCUACUCUUAGGGAGUGACUAGUGUUGAACUUAACCGAAUUUUUGUGUGCCUAGCGCAUUAUUUGAAGGCAUCGUCAAUUCGGUUAAGCAACAUCGAUAUCAAAAGAAUGUUUUACAUAUCCAACACAUCCGUUUCGCUGUUGCGUCCAGCCAUCAGAACUGAGGAAAACCAAUCUGCCAGUGGCACAGUGCCACAGCUAGUGAGCGUCAUAUUCUUAAUUAAAGUGAUACGUGCGCUUUACGACGUGUACCGUUUUAAAAACUUUAUUCUCUACAUAAGUGAAGAACUUGAGGUCAACUCGCUGUACGCAGUUGAGUUUUUCGCGAAUCUUUUCGGUGGGCUCCCCUUUGUCCCAUUGAUAGUUAUAACCAGCGGCAAUAAAACGGAUCCAACGCUUUAUCACAUAGAUGUUCUUAUCAGCAGACCUUCGCUUAGUCUGGUAUUCUCGACGGGACCAAACGACACAGUUAUGGCACUGGCAACGGAAAGCAUGAAACGUACGGAUGCGAUCUACGACACUACCGAAAAUUAUAGCCUUUUCUGGGAGUCUGUAAAUAAGAUGUGUGCAUGGAUCUGGCGUGAACAAUUUCUCUACACUAUUUUGUUAACUAUCGGCGAUAAUAUCUAUACGCUCGAUCCAUAUCCAAAUCUGAAAAUCAUGAACAAAACUGGUAACUGGCAUGUGGCAGACUUUUUCAUUGAUUACUACCACGACUUCAAAGGUUAUGUGCUGAAAACCGUAAUCCAUUAUGAUCUGCCGCGUAUAUUUGAUCGUCGCUAUGAACAAAAUAAUCUUUUAAUUAGCGGCACCUCUGGUAAACUUUUUACAACAUUCACGCAGUCCAUUAAUGUCACGCUAGUUGAUUACACGGUGAUGAGCUCACCUUAUGAGCCAAUCGAACUGGGUGAGGUAAUCGAUCUUAUCGCGAAUAGAACCAUCGAGUUCAGUCCACACUCGCUAACGGCACUCUUUGAUGUCGAUUAUGUGGGCAGAAGCUAUCCGAUCGGCAUCAAUGAUUGGUGCAUUAUGGUACCAUUAUACAACAGGUCUGCCGAACAUCUUUAUUUACAACACAGUUUUCAAUAUUACACUUGGCUACUUGUCCUGUUCGCUGUUAUCUACAUAUCCUUCGCGCUGUGGCUAUGCACCCCCAAGCGUCCCAGGGAAUACAGCAGCGCUUUGCUGCAGGCAAUUUGCUCAAUGCUUAACAUCGCGCACUCAACGUUCUUCAAUACACCGAAUCUGAAUCUUCGCAUGCGAUUCAUUUUCUUCUGUCUCUCUGUGAUUGGCUCUAUAACCUCCAACUGGUAUAUCACAAAGAUCGCUAGCUAUCUAAUGACUUCAUUACCUUCACCACAAAUCGUUACCGUAGACGAUGUAAUACGUGCUAAUUUGCGUAUCAAAGUAUUUGACUAUGAAUAUGAACUUUUGAAGUUCAUGCCUGCGCAAUAUCCGCAACGUUUUCUACAACAACUAGACAUUGUCGAUAAACAAUUCAUGGACCAGCAUCGCGAUACGCUGAACACUAGUUUUGGUUAUAGCAUACAAUCUGAUCGCUGGGAGUUUCUCAAUAUGCAGCAACAGUUCUUGCGACAACCACUCUUUCGGCGUUCGGACAUCUGUAUGGGUCCAUUCCAUCAUGUGUUCCCUUUGUAUACCGAUUCACAUCUCAAUCUGCCUCUUACAUACUUCAUCAUGUAUGCUUCGCAGUCCGGUUUCCUGAUCUAUUGGCGAAAAAAGGCUUUUACUGAUGCCAUACGUUUGAAAUUGGUGAAAAUCAUUUUGAUACAUGAGGAGCCAAGGCCGUUGUCCUUAAGUUUUCUCCUACCGAUUUGGUAUGUGUGGGGCUUGGGACUCACAAUCGCGUUCAUAUUUUUCAUCUGUGAACUGAAGGGUGCAUCUCUAUCGAGACUUAAAAGAAAAGUGAAGGUGGGCUUAUAUAAGGCAUGA